UUUCCAUCUAUUUAGCACAUCCCAGGCGUCCAUAUUACAAUCUGAGAGAAAUCGGGAGGGGCAGUCGGCGUAAUUUGGAGUCGAACAGAGUGCUAAUUCCAGACCCCUCACAACAGACUCAACAUACACACUCGUGCAAUAUUAUUAUAUUAUUAUUAUGUAUAUAUCCACGAAACGGUUAGAAGAAUUAUCAAUUAUGUUCCCGCUUACUUCCCUUCAGUUUAUACAUGAUUAGCUGUCUCAUUUGCUCUUCACCAGAAUAUUUCUGGCUUACUCUUCCCUCUCCCGCCAGCUGCAAAUCAUCACCUCGUUUUCCUCCGCGCAGUCAUCGCCAUCAUCGAGUUUUUCCGGCUUACUCUUCCCUCUCCCGCCAGCUGCAUUGAAUCAUCACCCCGUUUUCCUCCGCAGCGUCAUCGCCAUCAUCGCUCUGUUCACUUAACCAGCUUAGUCUCAGCAACUCAACUUGAACCUUCAUCAAUUGUAUAGCUAUGCAAACUUUAUUCAUUUCCCCUUCGUAUGCCCUCAACCUUAAGCCUGCAUCCGCCAUCCGUGUCCUACACAGGACUUCGUAUGCCCCAUUGUUCCAUCCCUGGAAGAACCAGUCUAUCGUCCAAACAAAAGCCUCCAGUCAAGGUGGUGGUGAUGCUGACGCUGAUAAAAAGAAAAUUGGUUCUUUUGACCCUAAUUCUAUAUCUAUAGACCCUAAUACAAUGACAAAGGGGUCACUUCUGUAUGGUACCAUCUUUUACCUGCACCACGGCAGGAUUGUGCUAAACAAAAUUGGUCUUUCAAACAACAUUUCAUUUGCUGUUCUUCUUGCCUCAUCCAUGCUCUUUACUGUCUCUUUCCUGUUUUUUUUAUCCACAAGAGAAAAGAAGGACAGUAAUGCAAUAGCAUCCGAUACUGCCAAAUGUGUGGCUACACUCAAAGGGGUGAGGAAAGUUAUAGAAGCUCUAAUUGACUUCCAUGAGCAAGCGGAAUCCUUAAUAAGCAAAAGAUAUUGCUUGAUGGCCUAUGCAGCCUAUGCUAUCUUCUUUUGUUUGUUAUUAAAGUUCUACAAGCCAGCCCCUAACCCAGCCCCUAACCCAGCCCCUAACCCAUCCCCAAACCCAGCCCCGGCCCCCGGCCCCGGCCCCACCCCAGCUCCAGCUCCAGAAAACACAUGAGGGAAAUGAAGCAAAUCUUGAAGCUGAAGACUUAUGUUGUAGACUUGAGCUGCUUUUUUUUAGCUUUGGACAUUAAUGAUGAGACAUGGUUUAAAUUUAGAGUUUUAUCUUGGAGACUUGAUGAUAGAAAAAAAAUCUUGGAGACUUGUGGAUUUUUAUAAUAUUUCACCUCCAGAGUACUUGAUCGCAGCUAUGGGGCUAUUACUUUUUUCCUUUAAAUGCUGGGAAAUGGGAACAUUAAAAAGCAUUUUGAUGAUAUGUAUGAACACUCUUUCUUGACCACUCAUUGUUUAGUUACCAGACAAUAUGUUACAAAUAUG